GUGAGAAAGCGAGUUGAGGGACGAGCUGUGGUUUAUCGAGUUCGGUCGUGGGGCGGCUUUGCCGUUAACGCCGGAAGAGGCCCCGGCGGAUGGUGAACCUAUGGUGCCCUGCGCUCAGGGUCGUGUCGUGGUGGAGACAGCAAGACCAGCGCCACCAUACUUUGCCAUGUGUUCUAGCUACCGUAGACAAGUGACCGGUAUAACCGGUAUAACCGGUAUAACCGGUAUAACCGGUACGCCGAUCGAGAUAGUAGCGAGUGUAUCUGGGACUACGUCAACGAAUGCCACACAAACGGAUCAGCAGUCGACAUCGUCAGGCAGCAGGGGUGCUAUAAGUAAAAAUACGAUGAUUGCAGGCCACGGUAGCGCAGCGAGGCCGGAAGAGCUUGGCGUAACACCGUGGUACCUAGAGGAUUAUCCGACCAUAGACUCCUCGCCGGGACCUACGGGUGAUCGGAGCUCGUAUCCCUCGUAUUCUCACGUCGACACAGAUGCCGUGGUAAAGCCAGACGUGAUCUCGACGAGGAACAGUAGCUUCGAAACCGAGUUCCCACGUCCUCCCGUCAGCACCGUGCCUAGAAAAGCUUAUAUGGACUUGAGAGACGCCAUCGCUUUGUUGGACGAAACCUGUCCGAAUCAGGAACCCAGUCCGUCCCUCACACCGAGAACACCGAGAACUCCACUGACGUCGCAUCCGCGAAACAAAAGGGCCAGAUCCAAGAGUAGCGACAACUCGUCGAAUUACAGUAACGAAAGAUUGAGCGAUCGUUCGUUCGAAAACCCGCGAGCACAGGAGAAGGAGAAGGAGAAGGAGAAGAAGCGACCAUUCUUGAAGAAGAUCGGUAUAUCCAAGACGGAGGACAAGCCCUUCCUGGCGAAGCUGGCACCUAAGAUAAUAGGUAAGCCGUACUUGGAGAAGAUCGGGCCUAGCAAAGCUGUCGAGAAGCCUUUUCUGGACAAGAUUGGCUCAUCGAAGACGUUGGACAAAUUCUUUUUCGAGACCCCGCGGUACGAACGAAAAGGCGAAACGCCAAAGGCAGACGAAGUUGAGAAGAUUGCGGAAGCAAAGAAACCAGAAGAAAAGAAGCUUAUCAAGAUGGAUCACCAGUCGUUUGACGUCGAAAGAAGACGAUCCGGCAAGGGUCAUCUGUUGAAGAUGUACUCGUUCGAAACGGAGGAUCUAGAGUCCACGGUUCAGGUGAAGGAUCAUAUUCGAGAUCCUCUUCGAGGCGCCUCUCUAGACGAUGUCCUCGACUCGGGUCCGAGCUCUCUACCACUGGAAACCAUAACGGACGAACCAUCGCCACCACCAAAGGUAAAAACGAAAGAACGAACCGCGAACGGUGUCGAGCUUUUGAAGUGCCGCGUUACAACCAGCGAGGAGAUUAUUUUCUCCGGCGGCAGCUAUGGCUCGGAUAAGGAAUCUAGCAGCUGGGGCAAUUCGCCGAGAACGAAAUGGCAAUCAAGAAAAGACACUGGUACGCCAAUAACGCCUACUCGUCGCAAAGUUAUUCAAAGUUGUCGACAUAGCGAAGACAGCGUUCCUAAUUCACCGACAAAACGACCCAUCUCCUCCGUUCUGCCAGACCGUCAGGAUGAUUCGCAACAAGCCGACACCUCGGAGAAAAUAAUUUGUUCCCCGAUGAAAAGCAGGAGACAGACGUACGAGGAUUUACUGAACGCAUAUGGAAAGAAGAAGGAGCCUGUUCAGAAGCCGAAUGACAAACAGGCACAAUUUGAAAGACGAGGUAUAUCCUCGGACAAUCUUUUGUCGAGGGAUCGUUCGUUGGCCGCGUCUGUCUUCCUGGCUGGGGACCAAGUCGAAAAGACGAGGGAGGCGUCGUCGGAGGACUCGUUGGCUCAUCGCACCGCUCAAGAAUACACGAGGGAAACGUUCAAACAGCUACAAGAUAAAUUCAAGUACCAUGAAGUACCGACUGAAACGUACGCGGACUUUAAGCGACGAACGCGAGGAGGCAACGUUCAGGGUAUAAUUGCGAGACAAGAAAAAUUGAAAGCGGUGACGGACACUCGUGAGGAAAGUUUAAAGAGUAAAACAGAGGAAAUGGACGCGGACUCGAGCACCGAUGGAAGAACCGGAUACUUACGAGUCCAAGGAAGCACGAGAUCAGUACUAAAGAAACAAGAGGAAAUAGAUCAUCCUAGCGAUCAAGAAUCGGACAGCAACGCGUCUAUAAGACGUCCCAAGCGACGAAUCUUCCACGAGCCUUCCCAGGAAACCAUGGACCUGCUGACGGAACUGAGAAAGGUGAAGAGUUUACUGAAGACUCCGUCGUGGGAGAAGGAUCUCGAGUUGGAUAAGAAACCAACUCGUCAACCAAAACGUAUUCUGUUAACCGACAAAGAAUUUUGUCUGUCGGUUGAACGGGAGAAUAGUAUUCGACGUCCGUCAAAGGUGCUGAAUUCUCUUGAGAGAAGAGAGGAAAGUCAAUUGGAUGGAAAGCAGGAGGAAGAUGAGAAGAAGCUUCCUGGACCAGCUUUGUUCGAGAAGAAGUGUCUUUCGUUAGACUAUGCCGACGAUGAGAAGCCACAAAAAGCGGAAAGAACGAUUUCGCUGGCCUCUAGAAAUUUUCUCUCAGAGGCUGAAGAAGCGGUCAAUUAUUGCGACUCGAGGAGCUACUCGUCGAAUGUGUUUAAUAAUACUUGCUCGAGAGAAACGACGAAUGGAAAGGAAAACGGCAACGAAUCGGACAAGGAUGCGAAGAGAAGUGGUCAGAAUCAUUGCGCGGAGGUGGACAUCGCCAUCCCGAUUGAUCAGAAAGCUAGCAGUCCGAAGGUUAGGGGUCAGAUUCAGGGUAGAACGAGCGAUCUUUACGAGAUCAUAUCCCCGAGAUCAACGCCUUUCCGAGUGAAAAGAAGGCUCGGAAAGAUCUCCGUGGAGGAGAGCGUGAAACCGGAGAGUUUCACCCUGGGUUCGAAGGUCGACUGCCGAUCCACCGUUACACAGAAACGGACCAAGUGCUUCCCUUUAUAACGCACGUCGACCUGCCCGUGGGCGAAACGCUCUCUGUGACCAGACCAGAGGGUCUACGCGUUCGCCCUGAAGGAAAUUCCAGGCAAAGGUAAAGGCUGAUUCGUUGCUCUUUUAACUCUUCUGCUUCUCCUUAAGCUCUUUAGCGGGUAAAUUCCUACCAAUAGAUUCUUUCAAUAAAUCUUUUAAGAAAAAGAAAUAUUGCUGGCAAUUACGGAAUUAAAAUUAAAUAAAAGAAUAUACAUCUAAUUAGAAAAAUAGAAAUCGGAAGAGUUAACGCGGUCUGGUUUACCUUCCAUGCCCUUAUCUUCGUUUUCAAUUUCAGUCAGGGUGGCAAUGACAAGAAAGAUUUGUCAGUUGUUCUUGGGGAUACCACCUUUUAUUGAAACUGCUCGUUCAAGAUGAUCGUUGCCGCGUUUCAAAGAGAAAGAACAGCAAGCUUUUCACGCUCGUCAAGUACCGCGUCUUUACACUCGCAGGUAUAUUCUAAAGGAAAAAAAUUUAAAAAAAACGUACGUACACCGACCACUUUUUACCACCGACGUUUCGCGAGAGGAAACGGCUCGAAAAAGCUCGACAGCCAUCGAUCGAGGCGAACCUUGCGUAAAAUCAUCGGCUGAUGAACAGAAAAAUAAAAGAAAAACCUCUCCACAAACCAUCGAACAACAAGAACGUGUGUUUGCCCCUGUCGAGCAGUGCCUUGUUCGUGGAUAUAUUUAUUUAAACAAAAAAUAAGAUAUAAAAGAAAAAAGAAAACGCAAGAAAAAAAAGAAAAAGUUGAAAGAAAGAAAAAAUCGUGUACCGCCACGACGAUCUACAUACAUAUAUGUAUAUUAGUAAAAUAUGUAUUCCGACUACGGGCCGGAUUUUUCAUGAAUGGGUCCACGGAGUUGCGCUUUCGUAAUGAACAAUUUUCAAGAAAAUAAAAAACAACGCAUUCGAAUUAGAGAGAAGAACAUUGACAAUUCUCAUUGACCACGAUUUUUAAUAAUCUUCUUGAAAAGGUCCUCGAAGUUACCGUUACCGUUACCGUUACCGUUUCACGAAUCACUUGCCGAACGAUUGAUUCUGGAAAAGGUUUGCUAUUCGAUGGAUCCCAUUGUCUCGACGAGUGGUUGAGAGAUGGUGAACGAUCCUUAAGAUUUCACGAGAGUGCAACUCCCACGCUCGCCAAGCCUAUUCUCUUUGUUCGGCGAAGCGCGUGACGUUUUAACGACACGAACAUACAUAGAAAUAUAUUAUACAUAUUGAAGAAUAACAGAUUGUUACGUUCCUCCGAUAAUUUUUUAGAAGUAGAUAAGGCCUAAAUGGGCACCAGAUGGAAUAAUACGGAAAGUACAGAUUAAUGUAGAUAUAUGUAUACAUAUACAUAUGUAUGUAUGUAUGUAUGUAUGUAUGUACGUAAGAGAAAAGAGGUACAUACUCACGUUACCCAGAUAUGGGAUAUUUGUACGUAUUCUAUAGGUUUUCUUAAAAAGGAUGCACACCAUAAAAACUAUACGUAUAAAUUCUUCGUAACAAAAGAAAUAGAAAAAAAUGACAAAGACCUUUUCGAUUCCCUUUGCAUGGAGGAUUUCUAGUUUUUCAUAGUUUGUAUCUUCUUUGAGAAUAACCAUGUAUAUUAUACAUAUAUUCAGGAUAUGGUUGCGAUGAUAUUACAGUUUGGGUGUACUGAAAAAAUUCAUUGUAAUCACGUCCUGUGUAUGUAUAUGAUUAUUAGAGAAUAAAGCAAGUUGAUAUUAUAACGAUACAAUACAAUGAUGCAUACUUGUACAUACAGCAGGUGACAAGUAUGCAAAGGCGUAUGCGUACCUAAAUAGGUGUACUUGUACGGAAAUCCUACAAUUGACGAAAUGUGCCAAAGAAAGAUACGAUUUAUUGUACGUUACGGAGUUACUUUUCUAUAUACACAUAAUAUAUCUAUACAUAAGUACAUAUAUAUUUAUACAGAGGGUUUCUAUCGGUGUACAACACCUCGGAUCAAAGAACGGUAACGUAUUUACGCAUACUCUGUCAAUGUGCUAUGCCGAUUCGUCUAAUCGAUCAUCAUUUGAAGUAUCUCUUUAGAUUUUUAAUAAUCGAAAUAAGUAUCAAUGAAAGAAGGAAUUUAUUUUGAAGGAAAGACACAACCUUUCUCCGUUGUCAAAAAACAUCUGAGAUAUUUCAAAUGACUAUAAUACAGAAACGACGUUGUGUAAAACUUAGGAUCGAUAUACAUAUGUAUCUGAGUUGACUAUUAAGAGAAGAGUAAUAAUAAAAAUUCGCUCAUCGUUGGUAGAACAAUUAAUAUCGAGCUGAACACGGUAUCUUCGAUCCGAGGUGUAAUAGAUUUUUAAAAACACUCUGUAUGUACGUGGAGUGUUUCCACGUGUUGGUGUUUUCUUUAUUUUUUUAUUUAUUUAUUUAUUUUUUUUUUUUUCGUGGUGCGACACGCACGACGCAUGAUUUGUCCACUGCACAGAUAUGACGAUUAAAUGUGUGGUCUGUGAAGUGGAAUGAAAAUAAAAUUAUGGCGAGGCAGGGUUCGCAUUCUAAUACGGAGGCAUAAAUCGUCCAGGCUCGUUCUUAACUUUACAAAGAAAGAAAGAUCUCGUAUUCGCAGCAGCCAUCCGUCCACCUUUUCGGCUGUCCAUGCUGGUCAGGCAUGGUUUCUCGCAGGCGAGAUUUUAGUGGCCGAGAACGAACCCCUCUAAUAAUAAUUAACGUCCAUUCGUACGGUUCUGAAUAUUUUAAAGUUUUAUUCGAAGGAGUUUAUUGGCCGUAUUAGUACAAUUUAGCCUAAUUGUACAAUUUUCUUAUUCACAGAGGAUAUUUAUUGUUAAACGGAUUUUAAAGAUUUUAUUGUUCGUAUUCUAUCGAACGUGCCCGACUUAACGUUUAUUUAAAAAAUUUCAUCAAGCGAAAUCAACUCGGGCAAAAGUAGACGUUGAUUCUCUGAUCGACAAUAUAUAUAAUAAACGACCUAAUGUUGAAUACAUUUGUCUUUCUCACUUUUUAUUUAACAGUUAUUCUAAAACUUUUCAUCGCAACUGUAUACAUAUACAUAUACAAUACACAACAUCAUAAGUUUUCGAAGCUUUAUACACACAAGUAAUAACAAUUUUCUGCAGCAACAGUUUGCUUGUAGAAAUUUAUAAGAUUGUUGCCCGAUAAAAACGAAUUUAAUAAAUAAAGUUAUAUUUUUUAUUUGUCGUUUCAAAAAAUAAGUGGAAUAGCAAUUGUAUUCUAAAAUUGUAUAGAACAAUUUAUUUCAUUUGAUCGAUGUGUUAUUGUUAAAGAAAAGAAAUGAUUUAUGGUAUAAAUGUUGAAAUUUUCUACAAAAUAUCGCGAUGAAAAAACAUACGUAAAAAAGAUGAUUCAAAGUUAAGGCGAACGGCUUGAUGAAAUCAAUUUUUAAAAGUACACGCGUUCGAGAGCUCAUUUUUAAAGUUUUCCGCGUUUCACGAUUUCUCUAUCCGCGCGUUUCUUAUCGCCCAAAAUUCCGGAAUCGUUGAGAACGAGUUUUAAAUGCAGUCCAUUUACCAAGCUGAACUUAAUGGCGAGCGAGUGAGCGAUGUUUUGUAAAUUGUGUAAUAAGUGUUUUAAAUAAAACACGAUGUGGUACGUUUUGUGUAACAUUGAUACGUUGUUGUAAAUAAUAAAUAGAUCGUAUGUUG